AUGAAGUUGGAAUCUCAAUUGUUGUUUAUUUGCUCUUGUUUUUUGUAUGUGGGUGCUAUAAGUCAAUCACCUCCGAGAAUUAUUAAACAGCCCCCGACGGAUGAAUUGUUAUUUCAAGUUGCAAAGCAACAAAAUGAAAAUGAUAAGCCUUUUUUUAUUGAAUGUGAAGCUGAAGGUGAGCCAGCACCUAAAUAUAGAUGGAUUAAAAAUGGAAAGCCUUUCGAAUACCAAGUGUAUGAUAAUAGAAUGUCUCAGCAACCUGGAAGGGGAACUUUAGUUAUUACAUCACCUAGAGAUGAAGACCUUGGUCAGUAUCAAUGUUUUGCUGAAAACACUUGGGGAACAGCAACUUCAAAUUCUGUUUUUGUACGAAAAGCUGAACUUAAUGCAUUCAAAGAUGAGCCACCAAUUACUGUAAAUGCAAAUGAAGGAGAGCCUUUUCGUCUUGUGUGUCACCCUCCCGAUGGGUGGCCUAAACCAAAUGUUUAUUGGCUCAUACAGAACAGCGAUGGUGGAAUAAUGAGCAUAAACAAUUCACGAAUGACUUUAGAUCCUGAAGGAAAUUUAUGGUUUUCCAAUGUUACUCGAGAAGAUUCCAGUAAAGAAUUUCGUUAUGUUUGUGCUGCUACUUCACCUUUUCGGAAUGAAUACAAAAUUGGAAAUACUGUGGCUUUAAAAGUCAUCGCCACAGGAAUUGCAGCUUCUCAAAAUAGACAAGAACCUGUACAACAAUAUGUUUCUAGAAAGAAUGAAAUAGCUUUGCGUGGGAAAAGAGUGGAAUUAUUUUGUAUUUUUGGUGGAACACCUCUGCCUCAAAUAGUAUGGAGUAAAGAUGGACAACCUAUACGACUGAACGAUCGAAUGACACAAGGGCAUUACGGAAAGAGUUUAAUUAUAAAGCAUGUUACUUUUGAAGACGCAGGAAGCUACGUUUGUGAGGCCAGUAAUGGAGUAGGCCAAGCUAAAUCUUAUUCAAUUGGAUUAACAGUGCUCGCUGUUCCGUACUUUACCGUUCAACCUGAAAUAAUCAAUGCAGCCGAAGGUGAAACUGUAGAAUUUCGAUGUGAAGCUAACGGUGUGCCCGAACCGCAAAUCAAAUGGAUUCAUAAUGGUUUGCCAAUAGCAUUAGCUCCUCCGAACCCCAGACGAAAAGUCACUCCAAAUUCAAUUGUUAUAGAAAAAUUAGAUAAAUUAGAUACCGGAAACUAUGGUUGCAAUGCUACUAAUUCAUUAGGUUACGUGUACAAAGACGUAUACGUAAACGUGUUGGCACUUCCGCCAGAAAUUUUAACAAGUCCUACGGAUAAAGAAACCGUUGACGGAAGAACUGUUAUUUUGACGUGUCGCGUUUUUGGUGCCCCUAAGCCUGAAGUUAAAUGGAUAAGAAAUUCGAUGGAAUUGACUGGGGGUAGAUACAACACUUUGAGUUCCGGAGAUCUUGAAAUUAAAGAUGUUAACUUUUUAGACGCUGGCCAAUACACUUGCUACGCUCAAAAUAAAUUUGGUCAUAUAGAAGCCUCUGGUAGUUUAAGUGUUAAGGAGCACACUAAAAUCACGGAUGCUCCAGAAGACUACGAAAUUCCAAUUGGUACCACUGCUACUUUUCGGUGUAAUGCCGUAACUGAUUCAACAUUAGCAUUGACAAUAGAUUGGCUUAAAGACGGAGAGGUAAUUGAUUUUGAUUCGGAGCCACGUUUUGUCAAAAGUGCAGACUAUUCUCUUACGAUAACAAAAACAACCGAACUGGAUUCUGGAGUUUAUACGUGUCUUGCUAAAACUGAUCUUGAUAAAGCUGAAGCUCAAGCCACAUUAACGGUGCAAGAUGUACCGAACGCACCACGAUUAAUUAAAGUUCAAUGUAAUCGCAUGGACGCAUCAAUCAGAUGGGAACCAUUGGGUGACAAUCGAGCUCCCAUUUUAAGUUAUACUAUACAGUACAAUACAAGUUUUGCUCCAGAUAUAUGGGAAGUUGCAUACGAUAAUGUUCCUUCAAUCGACCAAACGUAUUCGGUUGCAAUGUCUCCGUGGGUCAAUUAUACAUUCAGAGUUUUAGCUAGAAAUAAAAUUGGAAUUAGUUUGCCUUCGGGACACUCUGAAGUAUGUCAAACUCAACCAGAUGUGCCGUAUAAGAAUCCAGACAACGUAGAAGGCAAAGGAACUCACCCGAACAAUCUUGUUAUUUCUUGGACACCCAUGCCAGAAAUUGAACACAAUGACGAAGGUUUUCAUUACGUCGUAUAUUGGAAAAAAAAUAUACCGGGACAAAAUUGGAAUUCAGAGGAUGUAAUGGACUGGCAAAGAUCUUCGUUAGUAAUUUCAGACCAGCCAACUUUUCAGGAAUACAAAAUAAAAGUUAUCGCCAUAAAUAGAAGAGGGGAAGCAAAUGUUGGCGCCAAAGAGGUGAUUGGUUACUCUGGAGAAGAUGUUCCUUUGAUGGCACCACAAAAUUUUACUUUGGUUCAAGUGACAACCAGUACAGAUGCUUUGCUUAGUUGGUUACCGGUGCCUCCAGAAAGUGUUCGCGGUCAUUUUAAAGGUUACAAAAUACAGACAUGGUCAGAAGCUGAAGGCGAAGAAGGUAUGCGAGAAACUCACGUUAAAAAUGAUGCCACCAGAACAUUGGUUACCAAAUUCAUUCCGCACUCUAAAAACUACGCGAGAGUUCUUGUAUACAAUGGUAGAUAUAACGGACCACCGAGCGACACGUUGAGUUUCGACACGCCGGAAGGUGUCCCUGGAACAGUAUCUGCAUUUGAAGCUUUUCCCAUGGGUUCUUCUGCCCUGUUUUUAGUUUGGAAAAAACCCGAACAGCCAAAUGGGAUAAUUACAGGUUACAAAGUGCAAUAUCAAACGGUGAAAGGCACGAAAGUUGGUCCCUUGGUUGAAAGAGAGCCUUUUAUUACCGAUCCAUCACAAACUAGAGCCAAAUUGGCUGGAUUGGAGCCCAAUACGAAAUACAGAAUUCACAUAAGAGGCUUAACUAGAGCUGGGGAAGGUGAAGAAUAUUUCAUCGAGCAAAGAACAAGAGGUUCUCACGCUUCUCCACCGGAUGUACCUAAAUUUGUUUGGCAACGUUUACCUUCGGAAAAUGGUUUGGCCACGGUGAAAGUGAUAUGGUUACCAAAUAUUGAAGGGAAACCUGGAUCUCAUUUUUUCGUUAAAUACAAAUUACGAGGAGAACCGAUUUAUUUAGAAAGUAGUUCGGAAUUAAAUGAAGAUUACAUAAUCGUAAGAGGAUUGUUACCGGGAGAAGUGUACGAAUUUAAAGUCGUGGCCGUCGAUGGUGAAUUUAUGACCGAAAGCGAAGCAGAAGAAAUUGAAACGUACAGCGUUGAUAGUCCCAUCAUACAACCUAAAGAAAAUGUUGCCACGGCGGGUUGGUUUAUCGGAAUGAUGCUCGCUAUAACAUUUUUAUUAUUGGUCCUUUUGAUUGUGUGCAUAAUAAAAAGAAAUAGGGGUGGAAAAUAUAUUGUUCACGAAAGGGAACACGCAUACGGAAGACAUAAUUAUCCAGAGGAAGCUGGAUUUCACGAAUAUUCACAACCGUUGGAUAAUAAAUCUCACGGUAGGACGUCGUUAAGUAGCGAUCCCAAACAAGUAGUCGAAAGUGAUACGGAUUCAAUGGCGGAAUAUGGAGAAGGAGACACGGGUCGUUUUACCGAAGACGGUUCCUUCAUAGGACAAUACGGUCAGGGAAUACAAAAAGUUAGAAAAAGCGGAGAUGCAAAACCAUCACCAACAGCAAUGGCAACCUACGUUUAA